GGGAAAUGUUCCGGGCAGCCUCAGAACAACAUCAAUCUAUACGCUGACUCGGUGAGUGAGUUUAUAAGGAAGUGCAUUGAAGAUGUUGUACCCACUGUGACUUAAAACCUACCCUAACCAGAAACCGUGGAUGGAUGGCAGCAUUUGGGCAAAACUGAAAGCGCGAACCACCGCAUUUAACCACUGGGAAUAUGGCCGAAUACAAACAGUGUAGUUAUUCCCUCCGCAAGUCAAUCAAACAAGCGAAAUGUCGGUAUAGAGACAAGGUGGAGUCGCAAUUCAACGACUCAGACACGAGACGUAUGUGGCAGGGUCUACAGGCAAUUACGGACUACAAAAAGAAAACCAGCUACGUCACAGACACCGACGUCUCGCUUCCAGACAAACUAAACACCUUCUUUGCCCGCUUUGAGGAUAAUAACGCGCCACAGUCGCGGCCCGCUAACAAGGACUGCCCCCCCAGUAGCUGGCGUGAGUAAGACAUUGAAACGUGUUAACCCUCGCAAGGCUGCUGACCCAGACGGCAUCCCUAGCCGCGUCCUGGUGUGUUUACGGAUAUAUUCAAUCGCUCCCUAUCCCAGUCUGCUGUCCCCACAUGCUUCAAGAUGGCCACCAUUGUAGAAGGCAAAGGUAACUGAACUAAAUGACUACUGCCCGUAGCACUCACUUCUGUCAUCAUGAAGUGCUUUGAGAGACUAGACAAGGAUCAUUUCACCUCCAUGUUACCUGCCACUCUAGACCCACUUCAUACCGCCCCAACUGGUCCACAGACGAUGCAACCACCAUCACACUGCCCUACUGUUGAUUUGCACAGAUUUUGAUUAAAAGGAGCAUAAUAGAAUCUAUUCUGGAUGCGUGAAACUGGUUUGUCCUGAUGUUAGCAAGCAAGCAUUUGCUCACUGCAGUGCACAACAUGCAGUUUACAUUUGUAUUGUUUUCUCAGCCACAGUUUGAGUUGUGUCUUGUCUGACAGUGAAAUAUGGCUAGAUCUUACCGUAGCUUGGACUACAGAGUAGCUAGCUAGUGUUGCAAAAGCCAAAUUGCAUUGCAAGGUAGUAUUUUGACACUUUCCACAUAGUUUGAUGUUGGUUUUGAACUGAUGUAGUUGGCCAUCUAUGUUUUGUGGAAAUAUUUAGCACUGGCUAUCGUUAGUGAACUAGCUAUCGUUAGUGAACUAGCUAUCGUUAUCUACCUUCUGUGUUGAGGUUAUAUGUUGUUGUCUAGCUAAUGCCUGAAGUUAUUUGUGUAACAAAUCUUCCAUAAACAAAUAUAGCUAGCUACAUUUCUUUGCAUGUUCAUUUGCUAGCUUUCAGCUGACUGGUGUUAGCUAGCUAUUUACAAGCAAGCUAACAUUAGCUAAUAGCAGCUGUAUUGUUGCAGAGCAACAUAGUUGCUGACCACCAUCAUGCGUUUCCACCUCCUCAUUCUCAUAUUACUUUCUUGAGCGUGCCGAGGCGUUGUCAACAGUUUCGUGAAAUAUGUUUCAUUGUGAGAUCAUGUUACUAUCGAUGUUCCCCAAUAGAUUUCACUUGGUUUCCCAAAUUAAGCAUUGGUUAGCUACAGGAACAGGGUUGGAGAGCCAAUGGGCAUACAGAGUUUGGGUGGAAUAUCACCUGUCGUGCAGCGAGAGCAUGCUCCUCAAACAGUGGUUGAUGUGUGGAGUGAAAUGUGUUUUUAUAUUUAUUUCUUAGUUGCUCAUAUUAAGCACAUGUGGAGUGAAAUAAGUGUUUUUAUAUUUAUUUCUUAGUUGCUCAUAUUAAGCACAUGAUCUGCAAAAAAGAAAAAAAGUAGCCUAACUGGUCGGUGUGCUGCCACCAUUUGCUGUUCAACUGCGUAAGGAUGACAUGUCUUCGGCUUGUCACCAAAAACACUCACAAACUUCUACAGAUGCACAAUCGAGAGCAUCCUGGCGGGCUGUAUCACCGCCUGGUACGGCAACUGCUCCGCCCACAACCGUAAGGCUCUCCAGAGGGUAGGGAGGUCUGCACAAAGCAUCACCGGAGGCAAACUACCUGCCCUCCAGGACACCUACACCACCCGAUGUUACAGGAAGGCCAAAAAGAUAAUCAAGGACAACAACCACCCGAGCCACUGCCUGUUCACCCCGCUAUCAUCCAGAAGGUGAGGUCAGUACAGGUGCAUCAAAGCUGGGACUGAGAGACUGAAAAACAGCUUCUAUCUCAAGGCCAUCAGACUGUUAAACAGCCACCACUAACAUUGAGUGGCUGCUGCCAACACGACUCAACUCCAGCCACUUUAAUAAUGGGAAUUGAUGGGAAAUUAUGUAAAAUAUAUCACUAGCCACUUUAAACAAUGCUACCUAAUAUAAUGUUUACAUACCCUACAUUAUUCAUCUCAUAUGUAUACGUAUAUACUGUACUCUAUAUCAUCUACUGCAUCUUUAUGUAAUACAUGUAUCACUAGCCACUUUAACUAUGCCACUUUGUUUACAUACUCAUCUCAUAUGUAUAUACUGUACUCGAUACCAUCUACUGUAUCUUGCCUAUGCCGCUCUGUACCAUCACUCAUUCAUAUAUCUUUAUGUACAUAUUCUUUAUCCCCUUACACUUGUGUGUAUAAGACAGUAGUUUUGGAAUUGUUAGUUAGAUUACUUGUUGGUUAUUACUGCAUUGUCAGAACUAGAAGCACAAGCAUUUCGCUACACUCACAUUAACAUCUGCUAACCAUGUGUAUGUGACAAAUAAAUUUGAUUUGAUUUGUCUGUUUCCCCCUGUUCCCUUUCCUGCCCAUUUGAUAAUGGGCCAUUCUAAAUCAGAACAAGAUUAAAUUGAGAAUAGUCUGAUGGGUGAAAAUCUGACCACUUGAUGUGAGAACAGCUGUACAGCCUGAGGCAAGGAACAGAGCACAAGCUUCUUUAUUUUUUUUGUAACUGCCUGAAAUCAUCAACAGGCUACAGUCACUGUGCAGCCCAUAUAUGUUUUGAUUUCAAAUACAUUCUAGAAGGUUUAUCAAUUCAGUUCAAUUUGCUUUAUUGGCAUGACGUAACAAUGUACAUAUUGCCAAAGCCUAUUUUGGAUAUUUACAAUAUAAAAAAAAUGAGAAUCAAAAUUGUCAACAGGACAACAGUAACAACAAUAACCAAGGGUCAAAAUAACCAUACAAUGAACAAUAACAAUAAGCAUACAGUAGAGGACAUGUAUAGGUUGACUGGUCUGUCAGACACUGUCCCUCAUCUUAUGGCAGGCAGCGAUGUAGUGCGCUGCCACCCCACAGCUCUCUGUGUCCUCUCCCAACAGGACGGGUAGUCUACUCUCAUCAGAGGGGUCUUUAAAGCCUUGGAUAAGGGUUUCACAUUUGGGGAAAUUAUGCACUCAUUUUUUUAUUUUUUUUUAACAUUUUGUCAGGAAAUGCAAAUCUCAGGUUCUGCUGUGGUACAGUGGUUUCACAGCCUUUCCUCUACAGGGAGCCAGGUUAUCCUGUGGUACAGUGGUUUCACAGCCUUUCCUCUACAGGGAGCCAGGUUAUCCUGUGGUACAGUGGUUUCACAGCCUUUCCUCUACAGGGAGCCAGGUUAUCCUGUGGUACAGUGGUUUCACAGCCUUUCCUCUACAGGGAGCCAGGUUAUCCUGUGGUACAGUGGUUUCACAGCCUUUCCUCUACAGGGAGCCAGGUUAUCCUGUGGUACAGUGGUUGCACAGCCUUUCCUCUACAGGGAGCCAGGUUAUCCUGUGGUACAGUGGUUGCACAGCCUUUCCUCUACAGGGAGCCAGGUUAUCCUGUGGUACAGUGGUUUCACAGCCUUUCCUCUACAGGGAGCCAGGUUAUCCUGUGGUACAGUGGUUUCACAGCCUUUCCUCUACAGGGAGCCAGGUUAUCCUGUGGUACAGUGGUUGCACAGCCUUUCCUCUACAGGGAGCCAGGUUAUCCUGUGGUACAGUGGUUGCACAGCCUUUCCUCUACAGGGAGCCAGGUUAUCCUGUGGUACAGUGGUUUCACAGCCUUUCCUCUACAGGGAGCCAGGUUAUCCUGUGGUACAGUGGUUUCACAGCCUUUCCUCUACAGGGAGCCAGGUUAUCCUGUGGUACAGUGGUUGCACAGCCUUUCCUCUACAGGGAGCCAGGUUAUCCUGUGGUACAGUGGUUUCACAGCCUUUCCUCUACAGGGAGCCAGGUUAUCCUGUGGUACAGUGGUUUCACAGCCUUUCCUCUACAGGGAGCCAGGUUAUCCUGUGGUACAGUGGUUUCACAGCCUUUCCUCUACAGGGAGCCAGGUUAUCCUGUGGUACAGUGGUUUCACAGCCUUUCCUCUACAGGGAGCCAUGUUUUCCUGUGUCUACCCUUCUCAAUGGCAAGGCUGUGCUCACUGAGCCUGUACUUUGUCAAGGUUUUGAUCAGUAACUAUGGUCAAAUAUUUAGCCACGGUGUACUGUCGAUUUAGGGCCAGAUAGCACUGCAUUUUGUUUUGUGUUUGUGCUUGUUUUUCCCAUUAAGCAAUGUAGUUCUGUUUUGACUGCGUUUGUAAUUUGGUUUAUUCUGAUUGAUUGGAUGUUCUGGUCCUGAGGCUUCAGUGUGUUAGUAGAACAGGUUUGUGAACUCAGCCCCAGGACCAGCUGGAUGAGGGGAAUGAGGCUUCAGUGUGUUAGUAGAACAGGUUUGUGAACUCAGCCCCAGGACCAGCUGGAUGAGGGGACUAUUUUCUUUGCUCAGCUCUUGGCAUUUAUCAUUUACAACUAAAGUUGCCAAAUAACUCCAAAUGUAACAUAUAGGACCGGUUUCAAAUGAACACUUUUACGCUCGAUGGCCACUUCAUAUUCGCUCUGGAAUGGGAAAAAUAUCCUAUUUUAUUCAGCUAAGAUCAAUUAUAUUCUUCUUACUAUAAAAAUUAUUUAAUGUAAAAGAAUGACAUGGGCCAUAAGUAUAUUUUGUCAGCUAAAUGAACAAGCCUACAGCCUUUUCCAGCAGCAUACCACACUGCGUCUGAAGCUAAGCUGGGAUGGUCCUAGUUGGUCCCUGGAUGGAAGACUGGAUACUGCUGGAAGUGGUGUUGGGAGGCCAGUAGGAGGCACUCUUUCCUCUGGUCUAAAUAUCCCAAUGCCCCAGGGAAGUGAUUUGGGACAUUGCCCUGUGUAGUGGGACAUCAGCUGACUGGAGUAAGCUAGCUAUUUACAGAGGCUAGCUGCUGGAUUUUGGACAAGCAAGCUAAUAGCAGCUGUAUUGUUGAUGACCAGUUUAGAUAACCUCAGAAUUUAUAAUUGUCAGAAAUUCUACAAAAAAAGGAACUCAUUGUUGGUUCCUAACGUAAUGCAUGAAAUGUGCAUGUGAGCGAUACAUUAUGAAUUGUAAUCAAAUCUGUUGCACCUACAAACUUAGUCAAUCCAUUUUUCAUGGUAGCUAUAUGCUGGUUUUAAUCUGAGUUCUAGACUUUGAGCUUGGUGGGUGCAGAAAAUACUCACCAAGGUAAAGUUGGUUUUCUAUUUCAGACAUUCGCCAAAAGCCAUUUAAAAUGGCACAUUUCAAUGACUAAUGCAUUGAUCGUCACAGAAACAAAAAUAGAUAUGGUUUAUUCUAUAAAUGUCUAGCAUACUUUUACAACCUUUGUUUUGAUCUGAUGUAGAUACAUAAUCUAUAAAAUGCCAUUUAAAAUGGUAUAAAUCAAUAACUAAUUUGAUACAUGCCCUCUAUCAAAUCAAAACUGGAAUUUCUACUCAAAACAAAGGUUGUAAAAGUAUACUGGACAUUUAUAGAAUAAAUCAUACCUAGCUUGAUGAUUGUCAUAAUCAAUGAAAACAUUGAUUUAUAUAGAUGUUAUGUACCUAUAUCCAAUCUAAACUAAUGUUUACUCAAAAGGUUGUAAAAGUAUGCUUGAAAUAUAUAGAAUAAAUCAUAUCAUAAAUGCCACAAAAAUAACACACAUCAUUGGUUCAUAAUGGAUGGAAAUGUGUAUCUGAGAAUGAGAAAUUAUCAAUGUAAUAAAAAAUGAUGCAGCGACAAAAUGUGUCAA